AUAUAUAUAUAAUAUACAUGCUCGUUUACGACUUCCGUGACUCUUUUAACCACAGUAAAAAAUAUUUUGUGGAUUAUUUUGAUCAGUGUAUACAUUUUAAACAAUGUCUCUCACUACCUCUUGACAAACCUCUAUCUCUAACAAUAUAUACGGCACGAUCGUUCGUUUAUUCACAACCUCAGCGAGGAUGACACUGCGACAGCAGACGUCAGACUGCACCGAAUAGUAAGGAGAAAAUAUUCAACAGAUUGGAAGUACUUCUUGAAAAGUAAGGUUUGUGUAGAUAAGUUUUUGUAAGUGCGAAAAAAGCUACGAGCGAAGGAAACUGUGUUGCACGACAACAGUCAACUAGGCAGAACGCGGGAUACGAUAUUGUUUAAAAAAGACGUCACUGACAACCUUGAAUCUGCCCCCUCCACUGUCAGACGUCGAUCAGCUGUCGGGACGGCGGCGUGCGCGUGCCGAACGCACUGGAGGACGUCAAAACCCACGGACGUACUGUUUACGGUUCUCGUAAUCUCGUUCGUUCAACAGCAUUACUGUUCAGUGACCAGUGUUGUCAUUCCGCACUCAUCGCUUGCCCGUUACGGACGUCGAUCGCUUCAUUUCUGUCCGCACGCUGCAUCAGAGUGCAUCGGUAUUGCAGUAGUUCCAGCUCGUGUCCCGUUCCGUCUAUCGUCCGUCCCGCCAUGAAAUCGGUGAUAGUGCAGACCACGCCGUACGAAGGCCAAAAGCCCGGAACCAGCGGCCUGCGCAAGGCCGUCAAAGUAUUCCAGCAGCCCAACUACACGGAGAACUUCGUGCAGGCCGUGCUCGGCGCCAUCCAACCGUCGGCCACCGGCAGCACUUUGGUGGUCGGCGGCGACGGUCGGUUCUUCUGCACCGAAGCCGUGAACGUGAUAAUUAAAAUCGCCGCUGCCAACGGGGUAAAGAAAUUAAUUGUAGGACACAAAGGAAUUCUAUCAACGCCAGCUGUGUCCUGCAUCAUUCGAAAAUAUAAAGCAACUGGUGGCAUAGUACUUACAGCUAGUCAUAACCCAGGAGGUCCUAACCAUGAUUUUGGUAUUAAAUACAACACAGCCAAUGGAGGUCCUGCUCCAGAAUCUGUUACAGAUACCAUUUAUGAGCUAACCAAAACUAUCUCUUCUUAUAGCAUUGUACCACAUUUGAAAUGCUCUAUAGAUUAUUGUGGUUUACAAUAUUUCCAAGUUAAUGGUAAAGAAUUUGAAGUAGAAGUCAUUGACUCAGUUGUGGAUUACCUUCAGUUGAUGAAAAGUAUUUUUGAUUUUGAUGUUAUUCGAAAGUUAAUUCAAGGAUCUAAUAAAAAAGCUCCUUUUAAUAUUCUUAUUGAUUCAAUGAAUGGAGUUACUGGACCUUAUGUUGAGAAGAUUUUUAUUGAAGAAUUAUGUGCACCAUCAAAUAAUGCCAUCAAUGUGAUACCUUUAACCGACUUUGGUGGGCUUCAUCCUGACCCUAAUCUCACUUAUGCUUCUGGCCUUGUUAAAGCAUUACAAGAAGGGGAGUAUGACCUUGGUGCUGCUUUUGAUGGAGAUGGUGAUCGUAACAUGAUUCUGGGUAAAAAGGCAUUUUUCAUCAACCCAAGUGAUUCGUUGGCUGUUUUAGCAAAUAAUCUGGAAUGUAUCCCUUAUUUUAAAGUAAACGGUGUCAGAGGAUUUGCAAGAAGUAUGCCAACAGGCGCAGCUGUGGAUAGGGUGGCAGCAAAGCUAGGAAAAGAAAUUUUUGAAGUGCCUACAGGUUGGAAAUUUUUUGGAAAUUUAAUGGAUGCAGGUCGUUUGUCACUCUGUGGUGAAGAAAGCUUUGGAACUGGUUCUGAUCAUAUUCGUGAAAAAGAUGGUAUAUGGGCUGUUUUAGCAUGGUUAUCAGUGUUGGCCAAUACUGGAGAGUCUGUAGAGACUAUACUUACCAAUCACUGGAAAACUUUUGGACGUAAUUACUUCACCAGAUAUGAUUAUGAAAAUUGUGAAUCCGAACCGUCUAACCAACUUAUGUCAGAUUUGGAAAAAAAAGUUACUGAUCCUGCAAUUAAGGGACAGAAAUUUAUUUAUGGUUCAAAGGUUUAUAUAUUUAAACAAGCUGAUAAUUUUGAAUAUUGUGAUCCAAUUGAUAAGAGUGUCACUAAAAAACAGGGUAUAAGAGUGUUGUUUGAAGAUGGAUCUAGAUUUGUAUUUCGAUUAAGUGGUACUGGCAGUAGUGGUGCUACCAUUCGAUUAUAUGCUGAAUCAUAUGAACCACCAACAUCAAAUAUCUUAGAAGACGCUCAAGUGGCCCUUAAUCCUCUUGUCCAAAUAGCUUUGGAGAUUUCUAAAUUGGUACAAUUUACUGGACGUACUUCUCCAACUGUGAUUACGUAAAGAUCCUGUGUUUCUCUAUCCAGAAUACAUUAUUUAGUUUUCUUCAAAAUUUUUCAUGUUAAAAGUUCUGUGAUUUUUAAUUUUAGUUUACUUGAACAAUAUAUUGUAUUUAAA